AGAAAUGUUUACGUCAUCAGACCCUCCUCUGAUUGGCCGCGUGAUCAGCGGGGCGGAAGUUCACGGUUUUAUCCCAAACAUAGCAAGUUUUUGUUCCGUUCCCACCGUUUUGUUCUGAAAGAUACAAGGUGAUUUGAAGUAUUACGGCGCUUUUUUAAGGAUUACGUGAGCUUCAUCACGGUCUUGUGUACAGAUGUGUAAUGUCAGCUGAAAGCAGCAGAUGAAGGAUCUUGUGUCACGGUGACCAUGACGGAAAUCUCUGAAGCAAGCGGUGGUGUCUCAGUGCGACGGGGUCCGUAUAUCAGCAUGAUCACAAACCGCACAGUGAACCUGCUGAUCCGUGCUGCCAUGCUCUUUAUGGUGGGUGUGCUUUUAGCGCUGGUGCUAAACCUGCUACAGGUACAGCGCAACAUCACUCUGUUCCCUCCUGAUGUCAUCAGCAACAUCUUCUCAACUGCCUGGUGGGUUCCACCCAGCUGUGGAUCAGCUGCAGCAUUGAUAGGAUUGUUGUACCCAUGUAUGGACAGUCGUCUGGGAGAACCGCACAGACUGAAGAGAGAGUGGUCCAGUGUGAUGCGUUGCGUUGCCGUCUUUGUGGGCAUCAAUCACGCCAGUGCGAAGCUGGAUUUUGCGAAUAACGUACAGCUGUCAUUGACUCUUGCCGCCCUGUCUGUCGGUCUGUGGUGGACGUUUGAUCGUUCUCGCAGUGGUUUUGGACUGGGAGUCAUCUUUGCAAUACUCGCCACACUGACCACACAGUUACUGGUUUACAAUGGAGUCUAUCAAUACACCUCACCUGAUUUCCUGUACAUUCGCUCCUGGUUGCCGUGUAUCUACUUUGCAGGAGUGAUAACUGUGGGAAAUAUUGGACGUCAACUUGCUCUGUAUGAGCACAAAGUCAAUGAGGAGAAAAUCCAUCAGGAUUAAACGCACAUCAGUAGAAACGCAAGAGAACCGAGCUCAGGAAAAGUGCUGUGAUCAUCCCUGAUGAAGAGCUGUUCUCAGGAUUUAAGGACGGAUCAGUGUUAUGAUGUUUUGUCUCAUGUGAACACACUGAAGUUAUGUCUCGAAUUGCUGCAGUAAAGUGCCAAACUGACUCCUGAUUGGUCGAACAGCAUGUGAAGUUUGGUGUGUGCGGCAAAUAAGACAGUAUAAUGACUGAAUAUUUACACGCAUCACAUACAGACACAUACAUCUCUUUUUCUGUCUCCACACACAUACACUGUUACUCAGUUUUUUCCUAUAUGAUCUUUCUACUGUUGUGUUCUCAGUCCUCUGUGGAGGAGAAUCAUGCGAUUCUGCUUCUCUUUCAACAAACACUAUAUCAUACCAAAAUCUCAGCUGUAUGGGGUGUAAGAUAAACUAGAGUAUUACGAAAGGGCUUCUCAUUUCACUUCAUCUGCUCUUUCUCAUACUCACCAACAGAGGGCAUCAGAGCUCUGCUGUAAUAUCUGGAGAUUUGACACAAAGACCAAUUCAAUAUCAUUCACCAUGGUGCUGUGUUCAGUAGUUAGAAAUGAAAUAAAGGUCUGUUAAUAAUUUGAUAAAUACUUAAGAGGGAUUUUAAAAGGGUUAAAGGGAUUUCCUGCUAGAGCUUAAUAAUUAUUCAGUUUCUUUAGCUCCUAGAAUCACAUCAGCCCAUACGGCAAAAAAAAAUAUAUUUUUAAAUAUAUUUCAAACUAUAC